CGCAAAAGAGAAAGGCUCCGCUCUUGCUACCGGAGUUUUUUGUUAAAUCUGAAGAUUUUGACCACUGAUUUGCGAUCACAGACACAGGAGAGUACCCUGGCAUUUUCAAUCUGAUUUUGGUCAGUUGAGAGGCACUGGUACGCUGAAAGAAGGCGAGUUGAGAGAGCCGUUAGACUCAAGCCAAAGGCGACUUGCCGCAGUUCAAGCGGUUGCCUAGCAACCAAAAGCUACGGCGAGUUUACAGCUGUUUUACAGUGAUCCCGACGUCGCAGAGUGAUAUAAGUUGACAGGCUGACACCUCAAAUUGAUCUCUGAACGGCGCAAGAUACGAAAUUGUUGGAAAAAACAAGUUAAAGUGCCGCAAGUCGCUAAAGAAGCAACUGCCGUUAAGACACAAGCAAGAGGCAGUGACGUCAGUGACUGCCGCGAUGCGAAAAGGUAAAGGAAAGAUUGAAAUCCCGAAACCUUCGGGGUCAGCUGUUACAGAACACAACUGGGAACAAGAUUUGAGGUUGGACACAGGACAUGAUGGGAAUCAAGAAGUGAUAAUACAAAUACUUGAAGAAAUGAAAGAAGAAAUGAAAGAAAUGAAAGAAAUGAAAGAAGAAAUGAAAGAAAUGAAAAAAGAAAUGAAAGAAAUGAAAAAAGAAAUGAAAGAAUUGAAAGAAUAUCUGAGAAAAGUAACAACAGAACACCAACAAGAUGUGAAAAGUCUGCAGGAAAAUAUAGAAAAUCUGCAAUCUCAGAACAACAGAAGAAAUAAUGAAGCCACUGAAAUGAGCAAACAAAUGAAGAUCCUUCAAGAAGACAACAACAUGCUGAGGAAUAUCAUCGAUGAAAUGGAUCAGGACAAACGAAUGAAUGAUAUCAUCGUGACUGGGCAGCGAAUUAAACCAAGAUCCUAUGCGAAAGCUGUGAAUAAUGAAGGUGAACCUGAUGAAAUGGAUAUGAUCUCAGCAGAACAGCAAGUGGUCAACUUUCUGCAAUCAAAGGAAAUUGAAAUUGACAUUAAUACCAUCGAAACAUGCAUCCCACUGAACGGAAGAAACAACAACGCCACUCCAGUCGUGCUCGUGAAACUCGUAAACAGAAAAUCUAAAAUGGCAUUGCUGAGACAGGGAAAGAAGCUGAAGGGAACAAAUGUGUACAUGAAUGAGCAUCUCACAAAACGCAAUGCUGGAAUCGUCAAGAAAGCACGCGACUUGAGAAGGCAGGGAAAAAUCCAGGGAACUUGGAGCACCAACUGUAAAAUCUACAUCAAGCUGAAUGGAGGUCCAGAAGCAAGAGUAAUUGUUGUCCAUGACAUCAAGGACCUGGACAAUUUUUAAAGUUUACACAGCUACCAAAACAACGAUGAUAAUGGACUCUGACAGAAAACAAACACCCAAAUUCAACAUCGACACUACUAUGUUCCAAGGGACGACUAAACAAGAGGACCUACAUUCAGGAUUGCAUUCACCUACACUUAUUGAGAUUAUUGAAACAACAUCAAAGAUUGUUGAACAAGAAAAUAUGGAACUAAAAAAUUUCUGCAACAAAGAUUACAAAAACCAGGAUUUGGAAAAUGAUAUAGAUCCAGAUACAAAUUUUUUCUCCCACAUCAGUAAUAAUUGUUUUUAUUAUACAGAUGAUCAAUAUAAUAGCAACAUUACAUGCGAUAACAAAUUGUCAAUUAUUCAUUUUAAUAGCAGCAGCUUGUAUGCAAACUACAACAACAUUAAGAACUUUUUGGAACACAUCAACGAACCAUUCAAAGUGAUUGCUGUUACAGAAACAUGGAUUGAUGAUAAAAAAGGAAUAGAUUUUGAUCUGGAGGGAUAUGAACUAAACUACAUCAACAGAACCAAAAAAAAUGGAGGAGGAGUAGCUGUGUACGUGACGAAGAACCUGAACUACAAAGUGGCAGGAGACUACGCUCCAUCCAGACCCACACCUCCCGCCACC